AUGAACUCCUCCAAUACCGUCUUGCUCGAUAACGGGGCCUCGACCAUCAAGGCGGGCAUACUCGGCGUUCACAAUGACCAACCACUGAUCAUUCCGAACGCGGUCGUGCGAUCCAAGGGAGACAAUUCGACGUACAUCGGCCACGAGCUUGUGAAAUGUCGAGAUUUCACCUCACUUAGGUUCCGACUGCCGUUCGAAAAGGGUUUCCUGGUCGACUGGGAUGCGCAGAAAGCCGUCUGGGACGGGCUCUUCAGCGACGUCCUACGGAUUAACACGUCGGAGGCGUCGUUGUUGAUCACGGAGCCGUAUUUCAACCUUCCCAACAUACAAGACGUAUAUGACCAAUUUAUCUUCGAAGAGUACGAAUUCAAGGCGUACCACAAAUGUACCCCAGCGUCACUCGUUCCGCACGGUCGCCUACUGGCCCAGCCAAGUCUACCAUCCCCGGAGUGUUUACUCGUGAUAGACUCGGGAUUCAGUUUUACCCAUGUUAUACCGGUACUCAAAGGUGCCGUGGUAUGGGACGCGGUGAAAAGAAUCGACGUCGGUGGGAAGCUACUAACCAAUCAUCUCAAAGAGAUCGUGUCCUUCCGCCAGUGGAACAUGAUGGACGAAACUCACAUAAUAAACGAGGUCAAAGAGGCGUGCUGCUUCGUCUCCGAGGACUUUAAGCGCGACCUCGAGGCCUGUCGGGUCCAAUUCACUAAGAACCGCAUCACGCAAGAGUAUAUAUUCCCGGACUACGCCGCGAACAGGCCGGGGCGCAUACGCCGACCAGGCGAGCCGCUCGACGAGGCCGAGCAGACCCUGACCAUGAAUAACGAGCGCUUUGCGGUUCCCGAGAUACUGUUCCAUCCGACGGACAUCGGGCUCGACCAGGCCGGGAUCAGUGCGACGGUGGCGGCGAGCAUAUCGCUCCUCCCGCAGGAUCUGCAGGGCCUCUUUUGGGCCAACAUCGCUCUGAUUGGUGGCACAACCGCACUGCCAGGCCUGCGCGCGCGACUCACGUCCGAGCUGCGGUCUCUCGCGCCCAUCGAUUGUGAGGUGGCGGUCUACGCGUCCGAACGACCCGAGUUGGAGGCGUACCGUGCCGCCGCCGCGUUUGCCGCGCGCCCGGAGUUUUCCCAGUGCGUGGUGACGCGGGAGGAAUAUCAGGAAAUGGGAAGCAGCGCGUGCAGGCGCAAGUUCCGUGACUGGAAGCCCUCCGAGAAGGAGCCCGCGGCGCGGGGCCGCGAAACGGCGAAGGGCAGGGGCCAAAAGGGCAGGGUGCAGCAGGAGGACGAGGAGGAUGCAAGCCCACCGCCGACGAAGAAGCCCACGCGUGGGAGGGGAAGAGGAAGGGGUUCUGCGCGGCGGCAAGCUUGA